AUGCGUGAGGCGGACGCACGCAAGCCCCAGGCAGCGGAUAUCUUUUUGCGGUGCCGGGAGUGGGAGUUGGCGAACAAUGUCGGGGGGCUGGUGGAGCUGCUGGCGUCCCCCACAGCCAAAGACGCCCCGGCCACCAAGGCGCAGGCCGCCCUCUGGCUCUUGUCUUACGUCAACGCUGGCGAGGCGCGCCGAGACGAGGCCUUCAAGGCCGGCGCCGUCGACGCCUGCGCGCGCGCCGCCGCCGGCGCCGACGAGCCCGCGGCUGCCGCGGCGCUGUCGCUGCUCGCGGCGUUCGCGCGGGGGCCGCCGCAGCACAGGGAGGCGGUGGCGGGCGCGCGGCCGGCGCCGCUGGCGACGCUGCACGGCGCGCUGGCAGGCGGGGGCAGCAGCUGCGCGGCGGCCGCCGCGGAUCUUCUCCUGGCCCUCGCUGAGGCGCCUGAAACGCGGCCGCGCGUGCACCGCGCCGCGCUGUCAUGGGACCUGCAGCCCCUGCUGGCUGCCCUCGACAUAACCCAGAAGCUGCCCUUGAUGGGCGGCCGCGCGGCUGCGGCAAGCUCGGCCGCGGCGAUCGACCUGCUGGCCGCCGGCCCUGCGGCGCCCGCCAGCGGCGAGGCCGGCGGCGGCGGCGAGGCGAGCCCGGCGGACGCGGCGGCGGCGGAGGCGCUCCAGCGGGCGCUGGUGGCGGCGGGCGGGCUCGCCGCCUUGGUCCAGGUGACUCGGCACCGCGGCGCCAGCGGGCGCGCCAGGUCGUCUGCCCUCUCCGCGCUGCACCGCCUCGCCGCGUCCCUGGGCGCGGACCCCGCGUUCAAAGAGGCCCUCGUGUCAGCCGGCGCGCUGCCCGCGCUUGCCGACGCGCUGCGGUGCGAGGGGCUGCCGCUGGCGGCGCGCGCCCACGCGGCCGGCUGCCUGCACGCGUGGAUGGCGCCGCCGACCCCGCAGCAGCGGCAGGGCGGCGGCAGGCAGCUCGGGGCGACGACGGGCAAGCAGCCGCGCGCGAGCACGUCCGGCGGGGCCUCCCCCAAGCGGCCGCUGUCGGCGGCGGGCGCGGGCGCAGCCCCGUCCGCGGGCGGCGCAAUGGGCGGCCCCGACGGCGGCGGCGGGGGCUCGCGGCCGGAGAGCGGCGCGGGCGACCCCGGCAAGCCGGGGGUCGUCGCAGCCGGCGCGGGCGCGGGCCAGCAGGCUUCCGGGCCGCAGGCCGCGCGGCAGACGGCGGUGCGCGGCCUGCAGCCGAAUGGCGCAGACGCUGGGGACGCCGGCGGCGCGCUUGCGGCGAUCGAGCGCGCGGCUGCUGAGUGGGGAGACGAACCAAAGCGUGCGGUCUUGGAGCGGGCGCAAGCCGUGGCGCAGCUCAGCGCCAUCCCCGCGCUGCUGCGCAUGUGCACGGGCCCGGGCGGCCCGCCCCCGGGCAUGGAGCGCCUGCCGCCCUGGGGCGACCCCCCGGCUGCCGCUUGCGACGCCGGCUUCGGCGCCGCUCUUCGCCAGGACGGCGGCGCCGACGGCGCGCCCGCCGCGGCACUGGGGCUGGUGAGGGAGGGCAGCGAGGAGGGGGCUGAUGCAGAGGGCGGCAUUGACGAAAACGGCGCGGACGAGGCGCGCGGGUCGAGCGCGGGCCGGCAGCGGCCCGGCGGCCCCGCGUCCGCGGGCGCGCUGGGCGGGGGUGCGGGCCGGAAGGGCAGGGGCGGCAAGGCGGCGGGGCUGGAGGAGGGACAGGCGGAGGCGAUGCUUGCGGCGGUGGAGGUGCUGGGGCUGCUGGCCUUAGAUGACGGGCAGCAUGCAGCUCUGCUUGCCGCGGGCGCGCCGCGCGCCCUGGCGUACCUGUGCGGGCCGGGCGCGGGCGCCGCGCCGGCGGCGGCGCGGUGGGGGGCGCGGCAGGUGAUGCUCAUGCUCGCGGUGCCGCCGCCGGCCCAGCAGCAGCAGCAGCAGCAGCAGCAGCAGCAGCAGCAGCAGCAGCAGCAGCAGCAGCAGCAGCAGCAGCAGCAGCAGCAGCAGCAGCAGCAGCAGCAGCAGCAGCAGCGGUCAGCUCCUGGGUCUGUCUCUGGCAGCAGGCCGAGCCCACUGCCCACGGCAGGCUGGGGGGAGGAAGGCGUGCCGCCAUACCUGACUGGUGCCGGCGUGCCCCGCAGCCACUGGGACCGCGUCGCGCCCAUCACGCUUGAGCCGCUGCCGGCGCUGCCGGCGCUGCCGCGGACGAUGGCGCGGCGGCUGUCGGGGACGCACGGGGCGCUGCCCGCGGGCGGCGGGGCACCAAGGGCGUCUUGUGAGUCAUCAGACGGCGGCGGGCCCAAGGCGCCGCGCCAAGCGAGGGGCAGCAGCAUCACGAGCGCAUCGCUGCGACCGUCGGCCGUGGGCUGA